AGUAAAAUUGUAGAGCUUCGAAGAAUAAACGUUCUGCUUAUAAAAGAAAUAGUCUUUAUUACUUGAAAUUGUACAUUUUUGGCGACCGUGACAGGACACAUUCAAGACACACAUUCAAGUAAGAAUUAUGGAUAAGGCAAAGAAAGCAAGAACAGUACACCGAAGAAUUUUCACAAAGAUCUACAAUAAUAUUGAAAGCCGGAUUUCCAAUGGGAAUUUUAAUAGUGAUGAAGUUAAAGCGGCUUUUCAAGUUCUGGAGAGUAAAUAUGAAGAGAUCAGGACCUUAGACAAGGAGGUGUUUAACUUCAUGAUAGAAGAAAAUAUGAGUGACACCGAUAUUGAAACAGACUGUGAUAGUGUGGAAGAAUAUUCAUUGAAAUUCAAUGUUAUAAAAGAAAGAUUUUCAUCUUCCACAGAAAAGGUUCGCGAAAUAUCUUUCUCAGAAGGCGAAGUUGGUACGCUCCAAAGAAAAUUUAAGCUUCCACAGAUAGAGUUGAAAAAGUUUGGUGGUGAUAUUCGAGAUUGGCUGCAUUUUUGGGGAUUAUUUAAGAAACUAGAUGAAGAUCCCACCAUGGACAAUGAGGAGAAAUUUCAGUACCUAAUUCUAUCGACAAUACCUAAGUCAAGAGCAAGAACUGUCGUGGAGAGUUUUCCACCCACCUUCGAGAAUUAUCCUAAGGCAAUUGAGGCUCUGAAGUCCCGGUUCGGAAGAGAAGAACUCCUUAUUGAAUUAUAUAUAAGAGAUUUGAUAGGAUUACUAACAUCAAACACAAAGUCCCUGUCAAUGUUAUAUGACAAGUUGGAAUGUCAGUUGAGAGCUCUUGAAUCACUGGGAAUCACAUCAGAUAAAUGUUCAGCCAUGUUAUUUCCAUUGGUAGAAUCCUGUCUUCCUGAGGAGCUCUUGCGGAUAUGGCAGCGUUCGUAUUCGGCAGAUACAGCGGCAGCGAAAUCUCAAGACAAAGUGAAGAAACUUAUGGAUUUUAUAAGGAAUGAAGUUGAGAAUGAAGAGAAAGUUUCAAUGGCGAAGUCAGGAGUAGGAUCUGCCAGGGCGAAGGAACAGAAGAAGAUGAUGACGACAGAAAACAACAAAGCAACUCCAUAUACAGCUUCUGAACUCGUGACCACAAAUAACGAAGUUGUUUCUUGUAUUUUUUGCGGACGUUCAGAGCAUAAGAGUUUUGAAUGUUCGAAUUCACAAGCUCACAUGGAAAGAGAAAAUUGGUUGGGAUGAUGAGUUGGAUGGAUCAAUCAAGAGUGAAUUUCUGAAGUGGUUCGAAGGAAUAUCAUAUUUGUCUUCAAUAAGAAUCCCUCGAUACUUUUCAGCUUACAAGAAUAGCAGAUGGUUGAAACUAGAAAUUCAUAUAUUUUGUGAUGCAUCUCAAUCUUCUUAUGCUGCUGUUUCCUUCUUGCGAAUUUAGAC